AUGAGUCGGCCGGCUGCAUCCCACACUCCAAUAAUUGCCAUCGUACUCCUGGCUUUGUUGUGGAUGGAACCAACGGAAGAGCUAAAAGUAAAAGGGUGUUUGACAAUGGUCGGGGAGAUCGUAAAGCACUGCUACAUUGGACCAAAGAUGCCUAAAGACUGUUCAAAAAAGAAAGGUCUUACGAAUUUACUGAAACCGAAGAAAAAGAAGAAAAACCAAGAUAGCGCCAAACUCCUCAAUGUGUUGGACGGUUUGUGCAACAAGUGUAAGGGGUGCAAGAAAGAUGCCAAAUCGUGUGCGAUCACACGGCUCAGCGUUGGGUCUCUCAAGCAGUGUGACUUGGCCCAGCAAUUGUUGAAGGGACUGAGAAGAAAGAAAUGAUCAGAAAACACUCUGAUUUACUUCAUAUUUCCUUCUUCGCAUUUUGUAUUCUGUGCUCUUUAUUGCCUGUGUUAAUUUACUGUGCGAAUAUAUUUAACAAGAUA